AAAAAAACAAAGUAUUGUAUUUUAUUUUCCAGAAACGUUUCACUGUGUGACAGGUAUUCGCGGUAACUUUGCCGGAUAUUUAUGACGUCAUAAUGAAUUUCGUGACUGUUGCAGCGUUCGCCAUGGUGAUAUCAGAAGUUGUAAGCGACCCCUCGACCCGGUGUCAGGUUAGUGCCAGCCAACGCAGGGUGUCCUGCGGUGGUAAUGACGUCACAAACCGUACUGUUUGUUCACAAUAUAACCACUGUUGUUUCAACAAAGACAAACAACCGAACUGCUACACUGGAAGAGUAACACUUCAGGAGAUAGAAAAAGCGCGAAACAAAAUAACGAAAGUUGAAAAACCAAAUGAAUCAAACAACUCAAACUUUCUGACUUCAAUCAAUCAACUUCGGCCAAUAGGAGAAGACAUAGACGAACGCCUCCUCGUAAUCGACCAAUCAAACGCCUUCGAAACUGAAAUGCCAACUUGCGCUGUGAAUAUCCCGCUUUGUCAGAGAAGCCCUUGUCAACCAAACAACCCACAGUCGCAGGAAAAUCCAAUUAUUUGUCUCAGCGACCCGACUUGUUGUUUCGACGAAAAGUUGUUCGUGUAUAGAGUCCUGUAUGGGGAGGGGUUUAUGGGAGGAUCCCCUGUGUGCUACAACGGCCCCAUUUCUCAAAAAUAUCUGCAGAUUGCUCAACUUGCUACGCCAUGGAAUCCGUUCUACCAAUCAUCGAUCGUUCAAGUGUUCAAGACAAUCAAAGGAACCGAACAAACAGAUCUUUGUACGUUUGCUAAUAUGAUGGACACUCCGUUCCAACGAUCUCCCAUGUGUGGUUGGAUCGGAAUAUCGGAAACGGAAUGCCAACUAGUUGGAUGUUGUUAUUCUACCAAAACCUAUCGUUGUAUUUACCCAAGUCUACAGUUAAUGCGACAAUUCUUAACUGUUGAGCGAUUCCCGCAAUUCAUUACGAAUGAUGUCACUGAAACGAGGUGUUCUCCUACGACAACUUUCAUUCCGAAACUCUUUCAUCGUCUCCCAUGUCUCCAAGACAACAACUCCACAAGUAACUCGCGUUCCUUAUACUCCUGCCCGGAUGUUGCUUGCUGUAAAGACGCCUUAGCACUUUUACCAGGAGCAAUAGGCCUUCAAGGACAAACACAACCAGGACAAGUCCAGCCACCCCCUCUUGUCAACGUUGACCCGUUAGAACUUCUUACAGCUCACUCCAACCCAGGAAGUUCAACUUUAGAAGCGCUCUCAGCAAUUUAUUGUCCGUUUUACUUCUUCCCGGUGCCUGGCUUUCCCGACUUGAGCAGCUCGGCUGAAGGAUGCUGCGUCCGUCACGCUUGCUUCCAUCUAAAAGCGACUUCGCUGUAUCCGACAGCUGAAACAACGGUACAGCAUUCGUGGUCAACGUGGAGCACAUGGGGAGCUUGCGACGUUACCUGCGGGACUGGAAGGCGCCAAUCCCGGCGGAGUUGUAUUUCGACGUCAGGGAUGCUGUUAGUUUCAACUGAUCUCUGCCGCGGAGUGAACACGCAGUACCAAGCGUGCACCGUGGGUCAAUGUGGGGCGUCUUGGGCAACUUGGUCAGCGUGGCAGCCAUGUGCAGAAACGUGCGGUGGAGCGUUACGGUCUCGACGUCGGGCGUGCGUCGACAUACCUUCAAAUCAAACAUUAAAUCCCGACCGCUGCGUUGGACCCGAGUUUGAUAUGAUAUCAUGUGGAGAAUUGCCUUGUGCUAAUUGGGGCUCAUGGGGUCAGUACGGGGCAUGCAAUGCUUCGUGUAACAAACUUGGUGUCACGAGUCGACAAAGGGCUUGUUUAACGCCGACAGGUACACACAAUCAAUCUCUUACAUGCAUUGGUGAAAGUAUCGAGUUCAGAUCAUGCAACGGGCCACAGUGUGACGCUUGGGGCGUUUGGGGCUCAUGGAGCGCUUGCGGGGCUGAUUGCGUGCGAUCUCGAAGCAAAUACUGUGGAACGAAUUGCGGAACUCAGAUUCCAAGUCAGUCUGAACAAUGUUAUAUUGGUUCAUGCACAAGACCAAGACCCUCCCCUUGGGUGGCAUGGGGUGGGUGGGGUCAAUGGGAAAGCUGCACAGCCACCUGUGGUGUUGGGAGUCGAAUACGAAGAAGAGGUUGUUACUACCUUGGUACGUCUAAGUGGGUGAUGCAUCAUUCGUUUUGUGGGUUCGUUUACGGAUCUUCACUAGUGCUACAGAGCCAAAGAGGCAGUUGCAACGUCACAUGUAGGAACGUUUACACGUGGGGACCGUUCACUCCGUACAGUCAAUGCUCCAAUACGUGUGGAAGAGGAAUUCAAACCAAAACGAAACGCUGCUACGAUUUAUUAGGUUCCCAGGUUUCAUCAGACAAGUGCGUGGGAAGUGACGCGUCGUCACGUGUUUGUGAGGUCAAGAAGUGCAUGAUCACGUGGUCUGAUUGGUCUCAGUGGAGCUCGUGUCCUUUUUCUUGCUCGCCACCAAGCGGAAACAAAGGCUCACGUGUCCGGAUUAGAUGUAAAGUGCAAGCAUUAGAAUGCACCGGCGAGAACAGAGAAGUCGACGUCGGUAUUUGCCCUGUAAAUGCAUGCUGAUCCGAACUUUUCCGAAACUUCCCGAACUUUUACAAAAGUUGUUUUUAUCUCGAGUUGCACAUUGUGUGCCUUUGAGCAAAAUUAUGACAGCAUUUGUAACGAUAUUAUUUAUUUGUUUUUGCUUGUUUAUUGAUUUGCCAGAAUAAUACAUGAAAUAAACAUGCUUUGUUAGGACUGA